GUCACAUAACGGAGUUCUCUUCAUUGACCUCGUGGUUAACAAGACGUCUAAUGCUUUGAAACACCAGCGGCACCACUCGGAAGCAGAAAAAGAAAGAAGAAAAUUCGUUCCAGUGUUGCCAAAAACGCGGAGCAUCACCCAUUUUCUCAAAACCAGUGCUUGAUUGUCACCUCUCCUGGUUCCGUUCCAUUGAAACCUUGACCCAGUAGUGCAGACCAGUUCACAGAGCUAGUAGUAAAUAGAGAAGCCAGUUCGCAUCUACCAGGUAUCAUCAAUCAGCAAAGUGCAUGUUCCCCGUACGGUAGAACUAUAGUGUGGGAUGAGUUCACACUCUCCUGAUCUAAUUAUUAAUUUUGACGAUAGCACGACACAACACCCAAGACCAUGGCGUCCAUGAGCAGCAGUGAGCGGAUCCAUUCCGAUCGUACGCUUCCAGCCAGAACACUGUCGACAUCUGCGUCGGUUCCUCGUGACAUUACCAACAGUCAACAGCAGCCACAACACCAGCUUUUGCACUAUCACCAUGGUCGAAGACGGUCUUCCAUGACAUCCGCCACACCCACCAAGGCGCAAACGACGACGAGUCCCUGGUGCAAUGACGACACUAGUAGUACUGAGGAAUCAACUACCCUGACGCCGUGUCAGCAAAGUCUGGUGGAUCAAAUACUCCAGGCCAGCCCGCCCGUCGUGACAUUGAUGGGUCGACCGGGUUGUGGCAAGCGACACUUGAUUCGGCGUUUGCUGCUCUCAAGAAAAAAGGAAGACGACCGCAUUUUGUGGCUCCAAGCCGACAGUCCUGCGACAUUGCGAGCUUCCUAUAUGACCGUAUUGCGACAAUACUCUUCUACUCCUACUACAUAUACUAGCAGUUCAUCAGCAGGAGGAGAUACACUGCUGGUGUUGGCCCAUCUCAUCAAAGCCCUCAUCAAGUCCACCAGCACUAGUGUCUCGUGGAAAAUUGUCUAUUGCCAUGUUCCCGUCGAUCCCACUACCUUCUUUUCGACUUGGGGCAUUCCGACCUUCAGUGUUCCUUCCUUUGUCACCACCACCCGGAAAGACUAUCUAGACUGGCAACAGGGGGAAGACUUUUACUGUAUACAAGUGCCAUCUUCGCUACCAGAUGCUCAUCAGUUGUCGUGCUUGGAUGUCAUCAGUACUAAACAAGAAAAGUCAUGGCAGACGUUAGUGAGUCUACUGCAACAGUUACCACUUGCAAUCAAAGUAGCAUUGGCUCAGUGGAGACACCAACAGCUACAAAAAGGGAGAAUAUUAGGAAAUCAAGGUGCUUUCCAGCUGAAGCAAUUUGUGCAACAAAUGCAAGACUACCAGGAACGCUACAAUCAUCAGGAUGGCGACGACAACGACACUCUGGCGUGGUUCUGGUCCUCUUCCGUGGAGCAGGUACUACAAGUGGCAAGCAAUCAUCAUGAAAAUGACAAUCCUCAAGAGACAAGAGAGUCUUGUCAAAGGGUCUUGGAGACUGCCGCCUUUGUGCACCAUGAUUGCAUCCCACGGGCACUCUUACUGCAACAUGGGGACAGCAGUGAUGUACUAACUCUGCUGGAAGAGUGGCACAUUCUGCAAAGCCGACAAGACUCCGAUUAUUACUCCAUACCUAUCCCACUACAACGAGCCAUUCAACAACGGCAGCAAGACGACAAAUGCAUACCACAACAAUCGACAAUUCUGGCAUUGCAAUCCUGUCUGGCACCCAUGUCCAAACAUGCCGCGAAAAAGAAACACUCGUCAGAGCAGUUCUAUGUUGACCCUAUCGAACUGAUACCACACGUCGAGACACUCAUGAUGAUGACGAGUGACGUUACCAACAACAAUAAACAGGCAUCAUUUCCUCGAGCGGAAUUGGCCAAUGUGCUACUGCAAACGGGAAUUACAUGGCAAAGACCGCCCUUGCAAGAUUACGGCAAGGCACAGGAAACCUAUCAGCAGGGAUUGCAAGUAGUACUGGAAUGUCAUGACGCGGAGGAGGAGAACAACAACAAUAAGCUGCAGCAGCUAAAUGAUGAAGAAUCCAAAGUGGCCAAGAAGAUGUAUUAUCGACUCGGAACUUGUGCCCGGUUGCAGGAGAAUCAUGCCCAAGCCAAAGCGUACUCCCUCAAAGCGCUGGCUCUGUACGGAUACAGCAAUCUAGAACACGCACAGCAAUCAUCAUCACAAGCCAUACCGGCAAGCAGUACUAACAAAGACAACAACUCCUCCGCAACCACAACUCCACUCCCCCAAUUGCAUCAAACACGUGACAAUGUUCAACCGGGUGAUUGGAACAUGCUCAGUCAACUAUUUCACACCUGCGGACAUGCCUGUUGGGAAGAAUCGCUAGUUGUCGAGGCCAGAAUCUACUUUGAGCACGAACUGGCAGUCAAAAAGGCAUGGUACGGGGGUAAGAAUCACGAACGGGUCGCACGGACACUCAACAACCUCGGGAGCGUCUGUCGAGAAGGAGGUGACUUGAUGGCGGCACGGGACUACUCGCUGCAGUCGCUGGAGAUGCAACAAGAGCUGAACCAGCACGACAGGGGCAGUCUCGAGACGGCCACGACACUCAACAAUUUGGGCAGUUUGUCGUACAGUUUGUGCGAAUACGUGCAAGCGCAGACCUUUUUUGAACAGGCAUUGACCAUGAAACAGGCGUGCUAUCGGAAAGAAUCAUUAUCGGCGCAACCUCAAAACGCUAAUGACGAUUCGAUCGCUGUUCGCAAUUUGGAUGUGGGGGAGACCUACUACAACCUUGGCAUGUUGGCGGAUCACUUGUCUCACUUUGACACCGCCGAGAAAUACUAUCUGGAAGCGCUCGAAUGCAAAUACGCUGUCUACGGGAAGGAUGCCAAAAAUGCCGACUUGGCAGCAACUCUGUCGGCGCUGGGAUUGUCGUCGAUGAAUCAUGGUCGUUACGAGCAAUCGGAACAGUACUACCAAACUGCCCUGGAAAUGCAGACGGAAUUCUAUCAAAAUCAAGGCAACAUGGAAACCGUUCGGACGUUGCAUGGCCUGGGCAUUCUUAGUUAUCAUCUCGGCAAGCUGCAAAAGAGUCGGGACUAUCACCGCCGCGCUCUCGAAAUGCAACAAGACUUUGAAGCCAAGGAACGGCGAAGCAGCUUGAAGAAGCGAAGUGCCCUAGCAGAUCCCCGCAUUGCCAAUCUCAGUCAAAUCAUGCAAAAUUUGGGCAACUUGGCGCAUAACAUUGGGGAGUACGAAGAUGCAAGGGAGUUUUACGAGCAGGGUUUGAAGCUGUAUAGUCAAGUUUCGGUGGACCAAAAGAAAGAAGAACACCUUCAAACCAUGCUAGGGAGUCUGCAAAAUCUGUCGUCGGCAGCCGGCUACGAUGCCGCUAGAACUUACUACGAAAAAGCAUUGGAAAUGAAGUACUUUAUCUACGGGAAAAAUGCAAAGAACAGUGACUUGGCCUUUACCCUUCGGAGUCUUGCCCUUUUAAACGACAAUGCUGGUCGCCACAAGGAGGCACAGUUGUGCUACGAGAAAGCACUCAAGAUGCUUGAUCACUUUUAUGGCAGCAAAGACGCCGAGAACUCUGAAAUUGCAGGAGUUCUGGAUGGCCUUGGGACUGUGAGUUUCAAUCUUGGACAGCACGAUAAGUCGGGCGAAUAUUUUCAAAAGUCCCUGGCUAUGAAGGAGACUGUGUACGGUGGCAAGAAAGCCAAAAAUGGGGAUCUCGCGACGAGUCACGUGAGCCUUGGAACCCUGGCUCAUACAAUAGGCAACUACAACGAUGCAAGGUUUCACCUUGAGAAGGGUUAUAAGAUGCAGCUGGCUGUGUUUGGUGAUGACGGUGAGCAGAAUAUUGAACUUGGCGUUACAGCUAAUCUGCUUGGCAAUCUGUACCGAGAUUUGGGCGAGACAGACAAGGCUCUGGCCAUGUACCAACGAUCGCUCCAGUUUAUGGGCGACGAUAAUCCUUACCUAGCUUCCGUCCUGACCGAUUUGGGCGAAUUCUACAGGCAACAGGGCGACUACGAGAAGGCAAAUGCAUGCUUCCAACGAGCAAUUGCCCUGCACACAAAGCUUUAUGGCGAAGACGUAGAAAACUCUGAAAUUGCUUUCACAUUGAUGAGCCUUGGUAAAUUGAACGUGGACCGAGGAAAGCAUGACGAUGCCAUGGAUCAAUUGACCCGUGCCCUGAAAAUGCAGCAACAAGCCUCUGGGGCGAGCUACGGUCAGAAAACAGAGGCAACAGGUGAAGGAGUUGCUGAAACCUUUCAGGCUCUCGGAAAUCUGAUGCUGCAAAAGGGUGACAUGGAGGCCUCUCAACAAUACCUUGAACAAGCCUUAGCCAUAUCAGGAGACGUACAAACUCGCGAAAAAGCACUUGCCCUUACAAACCUUCAUCAAGUCUACAAGAAAUUGAAUGAGAGGGAAAAAGCCCAACAAUGUCAAGAGAAACUUUCCGUCUUGUGCCAACACAACCCAGCCAUUGCAAGAUCACUCGCGAAAACGCAGGCAAAAAUAGCAGUGCAACCAAUGUUGACUCCAGCCCAGCAGAAGGCCGUGGAGGAGGCACUGGACUGGCUCAGGGAGAAUGAUCCAGAGCUUGAGACCGUGGAGGAGUCAACUGUGAGGGCAUUUUCCAAGCUGACCGGUUUGCCAAUGCCCAAGAAGCUGUCACCAGAGGCCAACAGGAAGUUUAUGAAACAGGCCAUUGCUUGGUUGAGGGAGAAUGAACCCGAUCUGGCCAAUGUGGAUGCAGCAGCUGCAAAUGAGCUUGUAAAUGUUUGUAUGGAUGGAUUGAAAGAAGCUGGAAUAGCAGUAAAUUCGAGUUCGCCCAGGGAUGAUAUUGGCAAGAAAGGUUCUUUUGAGCGAAGGAAAAAACCACCCAUGGACUGGACUGAUGCCAAGCUUGUAAAGAGGGAAAGUAUGCGGUACUUGCAAAAGAAAAUGAAAUCACAAGGUGAAGCUGCUGUAUGUGGGAAGACUGAAAAGAAAUCUCAUUCAAAGGCUCAUUUGACGUCUAAUGAGGAGGAGUCGAGAUGUUCUAGUGCUGCCAAGUCUAAAAUAUCACAAGCGAAUUUAGGGGCUGGACAUCGGGAGACGUCAAGUCCUACCUCCAAAGGAUCGCCGUUUGGGGCAGACAAGGGUGGCGAAAGCAAACAGCACAAGGUCAAGAAGCUAGAGCUUGACAAGAAAUCUCAUUCGAAGUAUAGGGUGGCAUCAACAGAGCCUCCAGAGGAGGAAAAGCAGGAAAGUAUGGGCGCUAAAGCUGUUCAAACAGAAGUGCACAAAUGGAAAAAAGUUGUAGAGAGGAAGAAAGAGCGCACAGAGCAGAAAAGGUUGGGCACUGGUAAGGGGCAGGAAGCUGUUAAGGAACCAGCAGCCUCUAUGCAGCUGCCAUCUCUUCCAAAGGAUCGGACUGAAGAAAGGGCUCGUCAAACUUUGGCGACGACAGAAAUGGUCGACGCCGAGUCAUCAAACAAACUCAAGGGCGAGAAGGAUCCCGAAAACAAUUCUCUCGAACAGGUGGCAGCGGUGCUUGUUGACCAGGUAGAUGGUUCGGAUCUGGUUGACCAAACAGUCUCGGCACAGGAAGACAAAGCCAAAUUGGUAAACGCAGAGGGGGGCAAGAGCUACCAACAGGAGAAAGAAGACACGCCGGAGACGAAUGGCAUCGGUGAUGUGACCGCUUCCAUGCAUUGCUUCUCACCAUUACACGACAGAGUUCUCGAAACUGAUGACGAAACUCCCGACGACAGCGAGUUCAGCGAGCAAGCAACCGGUCAACCUUCUGGAGAAGGCUCCACAAAUUCUACGCAACGGGCCAACGGGGAUCGGCACGGCGAUGGAGACACAAGUCUAACUCGUCCUACCACGGGGCUGCAAAAGAGAGAGAAGAGCAAACGAAAGCCCAAGAAGAAGACAGGAAAGGCGAACAAGAAGGAAAUAGAGCAACUUGCCGCAACCAGCUCUGAUGAAGGAAUGGAAACGGACAAAAGAUCAGCCCAAAUCAAGAACAAGGCGGCAAAUGCUAGAUGCGUCAAACAGAGGGAAGGAGUUAUCGAGGUCUCAGACAUGCCGCCUCGUUCAAUGGAAACGGCGGAAACCACCUGUGGAUGCUGGCCAUUUUCACGGCGUUGGUGA